GUACUGGCAAGGGGACAGUCAUCAUCCCACCUUUGUAUUGGUGGUCACAGGACCAGCAUUUCCAAAGAUUCUGGGUUUGCCUGGAAGUUUGUCCCACAGGUCCAUCCUGUGGAACCCAGAAUGCUUAAUUUUCCCCAUUCUCCCCACUCCACCCAAGUGACCUGUGUUGUCCUGGAAGCCCAACUCUUUCAUUGAUUGACACGUGGUCUAUAAUAUAAUUAGGAUGUAAUCCAUCGAUUACUUUGAAAAUUGGAAUCAAAGCUGUAAGCUGAUGUUGGAAGCUGGCUUGCAGGGAGCUGUACCAGAGAUUGUAUAACAAGAUCCUGGGAGAGGAGAGAUGACGCAGAGCUCUGUGUUUAGGGCAGAGGCAUGCUGUGCUAUGUAUGGGUUCAAGCUAAUUAUGCCUGAACAAAACUGAAUGUGCGUGUUUUUUUUUUUUUUUCUACAGUCUAAUUGCCGGCCUUCAUUUUCAUCUCCUACCAGUAGCCAGCAAUUUCUUAUGUUUAUCUGAGGAAUCUAGAACAUCAUUCAGUCAUACAGAUAACUCCUUAUCAUGAAGCAGAUUAGACCAUCCAAAAUUUUGCCUUUCACUUCCAUGUCAAAGGGAAAAAAGGAUUAUUAUGAUGUGCCAUCAGAAGCUACCCAUUUGCUGAGUUAGAGUAACUCCUGAGGAGGGCUAACUUGUUGAGACUUGCUCUUGCAUCCUUUAAAUUGCCAGUUGCUGCAGUAAAACACAAUUUUUAUGCCCUGGAGUAUAUUUUUUUUUCAUAAAAUUAUCUAUAGCGACGCUACUUUGUGUUAUGACCCUGUCUCUGCUUGCAAGCUGAGGAGCCCCGAGCUUAGUUAUUGCGUGCAAAGUCCACCUCUGAAUUUCCAUGUAGGAGGUCAGCUCUGAGUCAGGACUCUGAGUAAUUCAAGAAGACGGUGUAGCUGCUGCUGUCUCUGAUGGAGGACAGCACAUUACUGUUCCUCCUCUGCCUUCUACCUUUGCAUUCAGGAGUUUUGUCGUCCUUCUAAAGGCACUUCUAAAUAGUAUAACUUCUUCACUUCUAAAUAAUAUAGCUGACAUCACUUUUACUACUGCUUGCAAUAGUAUAUAUUUGUAUCCCAAGCUGAUGCAACGGAUGAAGUUAGAGAUUCUUUAAGAGCCUUGCAGCUCUGAUUUAAGAACCUACUGCUCCCGAAUAUUUUUGGCUUUCUUCUGCUAAGGUUUUCACUGUCCAGUCUGUGAUUUUACAAUAUGAAGUGUUAAGCAGCAAUACCAUUUGUCCAUCUCCCCCCAACAGGAUCCCUUCCUUUCCCUUCAUUCAUAUUUGUGUUCUGUACCCUGUGCUGGGACAUGAUUUCCAGGGCACGGCUGUUUUCAGGGCAUCACAAGCCAACCCUUGCCAACCCUACCCAAAUUCAAUUCCCACAUGGAUAUAACUUGUAUCUUGGCUACUGUCUAUAAUUUAUAACUUGGCUACUUUGCUGAAGCAGUCACAAAGCAUUUGCUUUUGAUGUGGCUGUAUGUUCCAGAGAAUAUGGUGGCAAUGUCAGGGAUUAAUUUCAGGGACGUCGCAGCCACACGUGAAGGGAGGCAUAGUUGAGAUGGGUUUGGUAAGUCCAAAUGCUAUGUAACCAGACAGUGGGAUGAUUAUCUGCCUUGUGUUAAGAUGUCUUUUAGCAUACAUGCAGGGAGCUUUAAAGCUGUAACUCAAGGCAACACACAGAGAAUAAUUUAAUUGCAAUAUUGUGCCUUUGCCCUUUUAAGAUACUCUAUUCUGGGUAUGAUAAACAUAUGCUUAACUGGAGUAAGCUCACUGUUAUAUCAAUCUGAUUUAGAUUCUGUUGCAUGUGCUUGAUUUAAUUCCUGACUGGUGGAGCAGAAGACAGGUGAUAUAAUGUUGCCUGUUGCUCCCUGUAGAGUUUCUGUAAGCUGAUGUGUUGUACUCAUUUUGCUCUGAUGCUCUUGCAAACUGAUGAACUUUUUGUAAAAUGAUGAUAAGAAUCACUGUGGCUUCUCUAGGUCUCUGACUUUGUCUUGGUCUGUGCUGUGUGUUGCACAGUGUGAAAUAUUUUGCGCUAUUUUGCUAUGAGCUCUUUAUAAAUGUGUUUGAAUAUAUGUAUUUUACAAGCAGUGUGGUUUGUUGCUUAUCAUGUGCAAUGUCAGAGCGCUCUCCACCCUCUAAAACAUUCUGCGGGAUGGACUGACUUCCUUUGCUUGGGGAAGUCUCAUGCUGACUUGUACUUUCUUUAAGUAUUAUGACCAGAAUUACAGUGAGUUUUGGCUGUUCGUAGCACUCCACGCUGAAAGGUCAGCUCUUCAUCCUUGGAAGCUUAGCUCUUUUUUGUCUUUCUCUGUCUCUCUCUCUCUCUUUUCCUUCUCGUCUCUAUUUUCCUUAGUUAAAAAAAAAAAAUCUCUCACACACUUUGUUUUCACAUGGAACAAAGUACUUCUCAAAUGUAAGAAAAAUCUGAUAUUCAGCACUUUCUAUAUAUGAGUUAAUUGAAAACUUAAUAAAGCAUUCAGGGCUUCACAAUAAGCUGUAACGGAUUACAGAUGUCUUUUUACUGUCUUCCAGGAAUGGAUAGUAGAUGUCUGUUAAUGUACAUUGUAUAGUACAAAAUGCAUAGAAUGCACAUAGAUCGAAAUUUUCAAAGUAAUUAAACCUCCUAUUUCUGUUAUUUUGUGUAUGUCUGGAGACAUUUUGCACCCUGGCUCAUAUCUCCCCUAUUUCCAUUUGUUCCCUGUAGGAAGCUUUUUAAGCUGAUGGCAAUAUUGAUUUGAUGGUCACUGUUGCCAUCUGUUCAUUCUCACUCCAUGGUUUGUGCCUGUACAAUUGUUUCUGUGGCACAUGUUGAGUUGGAGAAGGGAGCAGGUAUGUCUGAAGUUGUGGUUUGUGUUGUGGGUUUGGGUGUUUUGUUUUUGUUUUUUUUUAGUUUAGAUUUUUUUGUUGUUGUUGCUCUCUUAUGUUUCUUACUGCGCACCCUUGGUCAGCUGAACAGGUAUAGGGCUGAAAACGAUUUUCCAUAUUUGGUAUCGGAGAGAAAGAUGCAUUGAAUAUCGCAUGGAAUCUACAUGCUGGUCUCAUAUGUAUGUUGAUGUCUCUCAGAAAGUGAGAACAUUUUACAGCAAGGUAAGGGGCUUUUCCUGAGGCAGGGAAAAUGCUAGAAUGCUUCUCCCUGUAUUUUGAUACAGGGUGUGCUGUAUCUGAGGUGCCUUCAUGCAUGUGAAGGGACGGAGUUUCGGGGAGGAUAGUCAUGAGAAAUGAUUUGGAGUUGUUACACAUGAAAGAACCUCUGAAGUGGAUUACAGUGAAGCACAAAGGUUGUUUUUAUAGUGUUUUUUUCAGCUGGCAAUGACAAGUUACAUUAUGAGAGCUCCUAAGUGAUGUGAGUUCCUAAAUCCAGUUUCUCAAAAGUGACUUGGCAUCUUAAUUACAUAGGCAUUCUUGGUGAUUGCACCUACUGUAUAACGUAGCUAAGUCUCACCAUGGUGUGUGCUGGUAUCCAGAGGACCUCCUUAUGAAUGAGCAGAAUGCAAUGGGUUCUGGUAAUUAUGAACUGCUUAGAAUCAUUAAGUUAGUAUUUACUUAUGUAUCUUAGGUAAACUUCCAUUUCAUCGUGCUGAUGCUUUUUUUUUUUGUGAUACUGCAUAUGAUUCAUCCAUUAAUGGGUAAUCAUACUAAAAGGUAUUGAAGAUGGAAAGAAAUGCAUCACUGUUUUCACUUGAAAGCUGAAAUGCCUGGAGGGCUAACAUCACAGAGCUAUACUUUUUGUGGCAUUAGUAGGUUUAAAACGCUGUCUGAUUCCACACUCAGCAAGCAGCAGAUUUGUGGCACACGCUUUCCCGAAGUGUGCAAACAGCUGGCAACGUGCCUCUUAAAUGUGGCUGGGUUUGCAUUUCACAAAUAGCAUUUUCAGUAAGAUCCUGACAUUUGUGUAUUUUCUCAGUGUUGAAAGGAUUAUAAUGCUAGGAUUAUAUCAGUGUCGGCUUAGCUUUCUGUAAGAAACCCUUUUGCUUCCUGAAAGAGAUCAGUCCCAUUCAACACUGCAGCCAGCAGUCAUUUUGUCAGAGGAGGUAGAAAAAAGUUCUUUUGGGAAUACAAUAUUAUUAAACUUGUCCGAUCCUCAGGACUUCACAGAGAAGGCAUUUACUGAAGCAUGUACUAAGAACAGAAAGAAGAAUAAUGGUAAACCAAAUUACUGAAAAUGGCAAAGAGCUAUUGCUAAAGGGUAAGUACUUCAUGUUGAUAUUAAUACCUCCAAAGGAUUACAGUGUUCUGAAACUCUGUGUAUCUUAACUGAAGAAUAAAGUCAUUGCACUUUCUGAAACAUAGGAUUAUUAAAUGGCAAAAUCCUUUGAGUUGUGUAGUAUCAGUCAAGUUAAUUUGUAACUCUGUUCUCUAAUCUAGUUUUGCAAAGUACAGUAGAAGUUUGAUAGUAACUUCACAUGUGUUUAUCUAAGGAUAAAUGAAAGAUCUGUGCUUAAUUGUACACUUGAUUCUGUACUCUGGUGCAGCCUAACUGUUGCAUAUGUUGUUGUCCAGGAAAGUUUUGGCUGUUUCUUUCAUGCAGAACACAAAUAAAUGCAGUCUUCAGAACUCUGAACUGUUUCAGAGGAACUAAUAUAUUAUCAACAAUAGAGCUUUUUAGUUUACUUUUUGUUAAAACUGUGCUUUGUUUGUGUCACUUUUGUAGAUGCCAAAGCUGUUGCUGAUUAUAAAUACGUACAUGGUAUCUGCAGUGUAGUGCGUAAUGAAUUUUAAGCAUGCCUUUACUUGUUGGGUAAAAUUCAGGAAAUUCAAGACUUUAAUGGUAGUGUCAAUUUAACAGUGAAGUAAAAAAUGUUAUGUAUUAGUCUUAAAAUGGUGAAUGAACACAUUGUAUUGUUAAAAUACCCACAAAUGGCAAUAGUUUGGCCUUAAGCUUCAGUUUCUGAUGGAAGCGUAUGUCUGGGUCUGGCAAGUGAGAGUUCAGCGUUGUCAGUGUAACUGAUAGUUUGAGCUGUGUUUAAAGUACAGAGGAUAUCUUUGCUGCCUAAAAGCUAUCCAGGUAAAGAUCUGUCCUUUCAUUCUGCUAUUCUUUCCUCUCAUACAGCCUUAGUGUUGCAUGGGUUGUUAUCUAGUGCAACUUUGGCCUUUAUUUUCAUAAAAUACUGGGUCAGCCUGGAAUUUACAGCUGGUGCUUUUUGCCACCUUCAGCAAAAAAGGCCUGGUAGCCCAAGGUCUUAAGUGAACUGGCAUUAACAGAUUUUGGUUAGUUACUUCAUUACCAAUGUCUAGUUUGUAGUAUGGAUGAGUUUUAUCUAACUAGAUGCAAUGAUAUUUAUUUCCUGUUUCUCCUAUUUCUCAUGUAAACAUAGUACUCCUAAUAACCCCACCACCACCACCUAAAACACCCACUCACCACCUCCAACCCCAAGAACUUAGUAAAGUUUUCGAAAUAUUUUGAGAACUGUUUUUCUGAGCUUGGAAUGUCACUAUCAAUCUUUUGCUAUUGCAAAAUAACAGAAUUCUCAUUUUCAGUUUUGAAAAACCUGCAAGUUAAAUCUUAAAUCAUAACUUUCUGGUUUUGCAUGGAAAAAGUGCUUUGGAUUAUAUUGACUACUUUGUAGCUAAAGUGGAAGUAAGUAUUCCUCAUUAUCAGAUUUGUGAUGUCAGCUGCGUGCUCUGCUGCCAUAAAUGAGUUUUCAUUUUAGAAAUGCCAUGUGUUUCUGGCUAGCUUUGUGUGGUCCAUGGAGAAACAAACAUUUCUAAUAGGCUGUCUUUUUUAAAUUACUACUUUUAAAUAAGAUCUCUACAUUGGAGUGCUACUGAUGUUGGAUUAGGAUUUUUGCUGAGCAGUGGGAAGUGAGUAAGAAAAGAAGCAAUAUCUGGUUUCUGUUUAUGAAAUUUAUAGAUAAUGAUCUCUGCAUAAAUAAAAUUGUAAAUUGAGUAAUUUGUUGUAGUCUCCCAAAUGAACCAAGAAAGAAGUCUCAUAACAGUUCUGAGAGUGAAGAAGAUUUUUGUUUAGCCCAGCCACAUGUGAGGAGCCACAUAAAUAAAGUAUAUAAGCAGAUUCAGAAUGUAUUUGAAAUCAAAUUGUCAUCUCCUUGUUUCUUAGGUUACCUUAAUCUGACAAGUCUCUUGAUAUACUUCAACAACACUCUUGAAUGCUUUGCUGCUGAAAUGUAGAGAUACCAGGGUUCUUGAACUACUAGGGAAGGCCAAGAAACUUGUUUAGCAUUUUCUGUUCUUCAACAAUACUCAGUUCUGCAAAACUUUACUGCUGGUGGAUGAUGAGAAGAAUGCUAUCUGACCAUAGCCUGGCUUUGGGAGGGAACAGGUUUUAUCUCGCCGUACAAGUGCUUGGGAAAGUAGUAUCGUUGUUAACAUCUGGAAAGUGCUUUCUCAAGAACUGUGUUAAAACAGUUCUUUUGUAGGAAAAAACAGAACAAAAUGCCAAAGUAUAAUUUGCAGCAUGCCAAGCUACAUGUACAGGAGAGGCACUCCAAGCAUCAGCUAACUGAGCCAUUUCUUUCUGAGUAAAAAGCAAGCCUACAUGAUUAGUUGAACAUAACUGCCUUCUGUUUAGAUAGCUGAAAUUAGGUUAAAAGAAGCCCACACCACUUGCUGGGGUAUCAACUGUAAUUUCUAAUCUUAGAUUCCAGUGUUUAGUUGUGGAUGGAAUAUUAAAAAUAUGAAUGAUACUUUUAAAAUUAAAAAGUCUUAAGAUUAAAUAAUGUUGUCUCUGUAUGAAAAUGGCUCACUUUGUGUCCCUAGCUAUCACAGGUUUUGUGGCCAGUGAUGCUUGUAAAAUAGUGUCUGAAUGACAGAAAAAAGUGGUGUUAGGUGCUAUACAGUCUAUUUCAUUACAAAGUCUUUUUUUGCUGUGGUGUAUCCAAAGGAGUCUGUACAGGCAUAGUGCAAUUACAAGUGAGAUAUUAGCUCUUAUUCUGCUCCAGAAAUUAACACUGAGGGGAGGAGUGUUGAGCUGUUCUUUGAGCUGGCAAAUAUCUGCUGUUUGUCAGUUAUAUAGAGGUAAAUGAUCCAAUGGGUUUCUCUCUUUGUCAAGCCUAGCAUUUCGGUUCUAACUCAGAUUUGUACUCUGAUUCAUGCUAAAAUUCUUUGAAGAAAUUUAGCCCCUCAGUUAAGCUUUAGCUCUUGUUACUUCGGCAGGAAGGAUUAUAGCUGCUCUUCAUGCCAUCGUCACAGGUCAUAGCCGUAUCUGGAGCUUUGUCCAGCUUGCCUGCCUAGCCAAGCAUGUCUGAGAGUCUGGGCGUUCCUGUUGAGAUCCUAUGAGCAUGGUGUAUGUGCCUCUACCAACUUGCAUUUAAUCAGCUCAGAUAUAUGCCUGCAAGAGCAAAGUGGUGUAAGCUUGUUAUCAAAGUUCAGCCCUCUUGGGAAUAUUUUUUUUUUAUAUAUUUUAGGCCUUACUGUAGUUUAAUUAGCAUUACUCUAUUUUUCAUUUCUCUUGUUAUCUGUGCUGGCUAGAAUAAAGCUAGUCAGACCAUGUCUGCCUGUGCCCUCAGCAUGCCUUAACUUGUCGGGUAGAUAGAACCUCCAUGAGAACUAGGUGAGCGUCUCUGAGUUAGUCAUGUCCAAAUGGAAAGAUCUGAAGUUGUUUUCAGAUGUACUACUUUCCCCUUAGUUAACUGAACAUGAUGAAGUAGGGGAGGGGUGGGUUUUGUUAAGGGAGUUCAGAAACUGACAAUAGAGGAGAAUAAAACCUCAGCAGGUCAAGUCAUGCAACUGCUCCUGCCACCUUCUCACAGGGAUGAUUAUUCUUUUAGUAGUCUGGCUGAGUGGACUUUACCACUGUGAAGCUUCCUGGUCUUUCUUUACGGUAGUCUCACUGUGCCUAAUUGUUCAGCUUUCAUUUAUCCUUGCUAAUCCGUCUUUCUUGUAGUUACUUUCAUACAUGUGUUUUGUCUGUAAUUCUCUCUAAAUUCUGGUUUUGAUCCCUCAGUCACUAAAGAAAACACAAUGGCUUGCACAGAAGACUUGCACUUGGCCUGCUCAAGCAGUGAAACUGUCUCUCUCUGGCCUGAUUCUCUUCCAGAAGGAAAGCAGUAAUGUGAACACUGUCCUCUGUGUUCUUUUUAUAUAUAUAUACAUAAAGACAGCAUAAACCUUUUCAAGAAUAAUAAAAUAAAACCAGUCAGUAGAAUAUCUGCUACAUUUUUGCCACAGUGCUUUUCCUUGGCAAUGAGAUAGAAGUUAGGCAAAAGUUUGGACAUCCAUUUAUUGCUUUUAUUUUGUCUCCUAGGCUUGUGUGUUUGCAUGUAUGGGAAUAUGCACAUUUAGGGGUUUUUAGGUUUUGUUCCGUGGACCAUCUUUGAUGUUUUAUGGAACUCGUGUGAUCCACACGAUGACGAACCUUUUUCUACAGACCUGUGUCUGUAGAGAGUAGGGGAGCUCUAAAAAGUUCAGGGAACUAUGGUGGAGAUGUCGAGGUAAGCUGUGUAAUUGUAGGGGGGGCUGCAAAUAGAAUUAUUUGGUUUGCACAAGAACUGGUAGCAUUAAGAAAUAAAAGGCCUUGAAAGAUAACAAAAGACUGAGAAGCAAUGAAACAAGUGAAGAGAAAACAUUAACCUACUUGGAAUAUAGCUUGCCUGCCUCAAAAAAUAAAAUUAGUUAGGGACUAAGGCAAAUAAAUUAUUCUCUGUUGCAGAGUAUAUAGGUCCCUCUUUAAGAAAUGUUCCUUGCAAAACAAUCUUGCAUGAUGAAAACUAACACCACAUAGCUACUGUCCAAGACUAAAGACUUGAUAAUUAAGAAUGCGGAAAACUGCAUGCAUGUCACAAGAUGGUGCUUGCCCAGGAGACUUCAUGCUUCAGAACGUAAACUGUCCUCGUGUGAAGCUGGGGCAAGAAUUCCAGGGAGUAGCUUUCCGAGGUCACCUCCGCUCUCUUCCAAAACUGAUGGAGAUAACAAGCUCUUCCCAUGCAAGUCAUGGCAACCAUAAAGAGAACAGUCCUUUCCUGAACAGUACAGAAGCUGGCAAGGGAGGCGAUUACAAUGACAGAAAUCUGGCCUUGUUUGAGGAAGAACUUGAUAUACGACCAAAAGUGUCAUCUCUGCUUGGCAAGUUGGUCAACUACACAAAUCUUACCCAAGGUGUUAAGGAACAUGAAGAAGCAGAAAGUACUGAUGGCUCCAAGAAGAAAGUAUCAAAAUCACCCAGCAUGGGCACCCUGAUGGGGGUGUAUUUACCAUGCAUGCAGAAUAUCUUCGGGGUUAUUCUCUUCCUUCGGCUGACUUGGAUGGUAGGAAUGGCUGGAGUUCUUCAGUCCUUCCUGAUCGUAUUACUUUGCUGCUGUUGUACUAUGCUGACAACCAUAUCAAUGAGUGCUAUUGCCACAAAUGGUGUUGUUCCAGCUGGUGGCUCCUAUUUCAUGAUAUCUAGGUCAUUAGGCCCAGAGUUUGGUGGAGCUGUAGGACUGUGCUUUUAUUUGGGAACAACAUUUGCAGGAGCAAUGUAUAUCCUUGGUGCCAUUGAGAUUUUAUUGACAUAUAUUGUGCCACAAGCAGCAAUCUUUCAUCCAUCCGGUGCCCAUGAUGCAUCCAGUGCUAUGCUAAACAACAUGAGGGUAUAUGGAACUGUAUUCCUCAUCCUGAUGGCAGUGGUGGUCUUUGUAGGCGUGAAAUAUGUUAACAAAUUUGCUUCCCUCUUCUUGGCCUGUGUAGUAAUAUCCAUACUCUCCAUUUAUGCUGGAGCUAUCAAGUCCAUCUUUGAUCCACCUGAAUUUCCGAUUUGCAUGUUAGGCAACAGGACUUUGUCAAGAGAUCAGUUUGAUGUUUGUGCCAAAACCAUAGUUAAGGAUAACAUUACUGUGGCCUCUAAGCUUUGGGAGCUCUUCUGCCACAGUACAAACUUAACCACCGAGAACUGUGAUGAGUAUUUCCUAAUGAACAAUGUCUCUGAGAUAGCAGGAAUUCCAGGAGCUGCUAGUGGCAUUUUAAAAGACAACUUAUGGAGCAACUAUUUGGAGAAAGGAGAGAUACUGGAGAAAGCGCAUCACCCGUCUGUUGAUGUAGCAGGCCAGAAGAGCAACCUUCAUCUGUAUGUGCUUUCAGAUAUAGCUACUUCAUUCAUGGUGCUGGUUGGCAUCUUCUUCCCUUCAGUGACUGGUAUCAUGGCUGGUUCAAACAGAUCAGGGGACCUCAAAGAUGCGCAGAAAUCCAUUCCUGUUGGAACAAUUCUUGCUAUUGUCACCACAUCGCUAGUCUACUUCAGUUGUGUAUUGUUAUUUGGAGCCUGCAUCGAAGGUGUAGUCCUGAGAGAUAAGUACGGCGAUGCAGUGAACAAGAACUUAGUGGUGGGCACCCUUUCGUGGCCCUCGCCAUGGGUCAUUGUGAUAGGAUCCUUCUUCUCUACCUGUGGAGCGGGUUUGCAGAGCCUUACUGGAGCCCCCCGGCUGUUGCAGGCGAUAGCAAAGGACAACAUCAUUCCUUUCCUCUGGAUUUUUGGUCAUGGAAAAGCGAAUGGUGAACCGACAUGGGCUCUUCUGCUAACAGCAUUAAUUGCUGAGCUAGGGAUCCUUAUUGCUUCGCUUGACAUGGUGGCCCCAAUUCUCUCCAGGUUUUUCUUGAUGUGUUACCUCUUUGUUAAUCUAGCAUGUGCGGUACAAACGCUUCUUAGAACUCCAAACUGGCGGCCCAGAUUUAAAUACUAUCACUGGGCCCUCUCAUUUCUAGGCAUGAGUAUUUGCCUGGCACUGAUGUUCAUUUCCUCUUGGUAUUAUGCUUUGGUAGCUAUGCUUAUUGCAGGCAUGAUUUACAAGUACAUCGAAUACCAAGGUGCAGAGAAGGAAUGGGGUGAUGGUAUCCGGGGUCUGUCACUCAGCGCCGCAAGAUACGCCUUACUCAGACUGGAGGAGGGCCCUCCACACACAAAGAACUGGAGGCCUCAGUUGCUGGUGCUUCUGAAACUUGAUGAAGAUUUGCAUGUAAAAUACCCUAGAUUGUUGACUUUUGCAUCUCAGCUGAAAGCUGGCAAAGGUUUGACUAUCAUAGGAUCGGUGAUCCAAGGGAAUUUCUUGGAGACUUACGGAGAAGCCCAGGCUGCUGAACAGACUAUUAAAAAUAUGAUGGACAUUGAGAAGGUGAAAGGAUUUUGUCAAGUAGUUGUAGCCAAUAAAGUUCGAGAAGGAAUUGCCCACUUGAUCCAGUCCUGUGGACUAGGUGGCAUGAAACAUAACACUGUGGUUUUGGGAUGGCCAUAUGGCUGGAGGCAAAGUGAAGAUCCAAGGUCAUGGAAGACAUUUAUAGGUACUGUUCGCUGCACAACUGCAGCCCAUCUGGCACUGCUGGUUCCCAAAAAUGUGUCUUUCUACCCCAGCAACCAUGAGCGUUACAAUGAAGGCAACAUUGAUGUGUGGUGGAUUGUGCAUGAUGGAGGCAUGUUGAUGUUGCUUCCUUUUCUUCUCAAACAGCACAAAGUCUGGAGAAAAUGCAAGAUGCGAAUUUUUACUGUAGCUCAGAUGGAUGAUAACAGCAUCCAAAUGAAGAAGGACUUGGCUACUUUCCUCUAUCAACUCCGAAUAGAGGCAGAGGUGGAAGUGGUAGAAAUGCACAAUAGUGAUAUCUCAGCAUAUACUUACGAGAGAACUCUUAUGAUGGAGCAGAGAUCUCAGAUGCUGAGGCAAAUGAGGCUGACAAAACUCCUGCGUCCUAAAGAUGCUCAGCUGGUAAAGGAUAGGCAUUCAAUAGCACGUCUGGAGAGCCUCUACUCAGAUGAAGAAGAUGAGGGGGACCCAGUUCCUGAGAACAUCCAGAUGACCUGGACAAAAGAGAAAUGUGAUGCUGAGAAGCGGAACCGAGGCAGUGCUGUGGGAAGCUUUAGAGAUCUCAUCAGCAUUAAGCCGAACCAGUCUAAUGUCCGAAGAAUGCACACAGCAGUGAAGCUGAAUGAAGUUAUUGUAAAUAGAUCCCAUGACGCCAGACUUGUUCUCCUCAACAUGCCUGGUCCUCCAAAGAAUACUGAUGGUGAUGAAAACUACAUGGAGUUUCUUGAAGUCUUGACUGAGGGUCUGGAGAGAGUACUACUUGUUAGAGGAGGCGGCCGAGAAGUCAUCACAAUUUACUCCUGAUUUAGUACAAGCUUCUAACGCUGGUCUACAUUUACCUUCUUGGCGAUAACGGACAUUCCAGUUUUAAAUGGAGAAGAAAAAAAGGUUUUUUGCCUAACUUUCUCCUCAUCCAGUCCUAUUCAUUGUCUUUCCAUUUGCAACAUACAUAUCUUUUGGGAUUGUAGUAUUGUUACACCAUCCAAUUAGAAACAUAAGUUAAUUGUGAAGCUGCCACAUUAUUCAGUUUCUGCUUAGGUACUCCAGCAUUUGUGCAUGUAGCUUUAACACUAAACCUAUUUUUAGUCAGCACUGCUAUGUGCAGUAUUUUUAGUAACUGUAUGUAAAGUUAGGACAUGAAAGCCAGUUACUGUAAAAAGAUUUUAAAAGCUUUUUAUAUUAGGUUUGGGGGAUAGAAUUACAUUAUAUAGCAGCUAGUUUCUGCUGAAGUUCAGCUAUAAAGCAUUUUCUAAGAGCACACUAAAUUGUAAGAGAGGACUGAAAAAGCUUUGUUUUUCUGGGUUUAUUUCCAGAACUAAACUCUCAGUAUUGGGUUAAGAAUUUAUACUUUUAAUACAUUUAUUGAUAGAGAUUUAAAUAAAUUAUGUUGAUAUAGUUGAAAUUAUGUAUGUAGCUUGCUACAAAUUGUGUUGCUUCUGAGACUUAAGGUUCUGUGAGGCCAGAUCCCUAUUUAUUUUUGUAUUUAUUUGUCAGAAAUAUUGGAUAUGCAGAUGCAGGCUGUUUAGGAUAACAGAGAUCUCACAGUAAAUCUUGAUUCAUCAGUGGAUUGAAGGACCAGUCCUGUGCAGUUUUUCCAUGCUUUAAAUUUCUUGCAGACCAUCCAUCAAAGUACAUUGAGCAUGUUGGAGUCCCGUGUGCAGAGCCAGGUGCUAUGCUGCACGCACCGCGAUGGGAUUGCACUUGCACAAGUACAGGGGACCUGCUGCUUCAUUGUAUGCUUUAUGCCCUUAGAGGAAAAAGAAGAAAAGAAGACCUGUAUUAACCAAUAAGUCUCUGGAGAUUUUGUCAAGCCCGUUGAGUUGUACUUUAUGUACAGAACGUUCGUAUUUUUUCAAUAAAAUGUUGCAUACACUUUGAACCUA